AUGUCGUCUAAAAUCAGUGGAACCAAUAACUUCAAGGUAGUGUUACUGGGCGAGGGUUGCGUCGGUAAGACUUCUAUAUUACUGCGAUAUAUUGAAGAUAAAUUUAACGAUAAACACCUUAGUACACUUCAGGCAACAUUUCUAAACAAAAAGCUGAACAUAAAUAAUAAGCGAAUAAACCUAUCCAUAUGGGAUACUGCCGGUCAAGAACGCUUCCAUGCAUUAGGUCCAAUAUACUAUCGGCACUCUCAUGGUGCUGUACUUGUAUAUGAUAUAACUGAUGACCACUCCUUUGCCAAGGUUCAAAACUGGGUUAAAGAACUUAAGAAAAUGCUUGGUGCAGACAUUGUGCUUGUCAUAGCUGGAAACAAAAUAGACUUAGAACAUGAAAGAACGGUUUCCUUGGAGGAAGCCGAAAGGUAUGCAGAGCUGGUAGGUGCCAAGCACUUCCACACUUCGGCUAAGCUGAACCGAGGAGUGGAGGAAUUGUUUUUGGAGCUAAGCCGCGCGAUGCUUGAUCGAAGCGAACGCACUCCGACGGCCCCAGUGCCCCGCGCUUUGGCUCUCGCUGAAGAUGACGAAGCGGCUUCAACUUCUACCUGUUGCUGGACCACACCUUCGAACGGAUAA